GAAAGCUGUAGCUCGAACGAUUUAAUAAUUUUUUUCCCUGAACAAAAGAAAAGAAAAAAAGAGUACCACAACACAGAGACAGAGAUGCUAAGCAGGACAGUUGUUUCAGUGUCUGCUGUUUCUUCUUCCUCUUCAACAUCUCCAUCUCGAAUCUUGUGCAAAGUAAACCCAACAAUCCCUAAAUUCUUGGGUCUGAGAGGACUCUCUCAUAAUUUCACAAACUGUACCACAUGGAACAAAAAUUUGAACAUGAGUAGAAAGUGCAAUACAAGAAUGGAGAAUUUCACGACCAAAGCAUCAGCAGCAGCUCAGCCUUUAAAAAACGCAGACGAGCUCAUUGACUCUGUUGAGACUUUCAUCUUUGAUUGUGAUGGAGUUAUAUGGAAAGGAGAUAAAUUGAUCGAUGGCGUCCCUCAAACUCUUGAUAUGCUCCGUUCAAGGGGGAAGAGACUAGUUUUUGUUACAAACAACUCAACAAAGUCUAGGAAACAAUAUGGUAAAAAGUUCGAGACACUUGGUCUUGAUGUCAGUGAGGAAGAAAUUUUCGCAUCAUCCUUUGCAGCUGCGGCCUAUUUGAAGUCAAUUGAUUUCCCAAAAGAUAAAAAGGUUUACGUGGUUGGUGAGGAUGGCAUCUUGAAGGAGCUUGAGCUUGCUGGAUUUCAGUACCUCGGUGGGCCAGAAGAUGGUGGGAAAAAGAUAGAGCUGAAGCCUGGGUUUCUAAUGGAGCACGAUAAGGAUGUUGGGGCAGUUGUUGUUGGAUUUGAUCGCUAUUUCAACUACUACAAAGUCCAGUAUGGAACACUCUGUAUAAGGGAAAAUCCUGGAUGCCUCUUCAUUGCUACAAAUCGCGAUGCAGUCACCCAUCUUACAGAUGCUCAGGAGUGGGCAGGCGGUGGUUCUAUGGUCGGUGCUUUCGUUGGUUCAACUCAGCGUGAGCCAUUAGUUGUGGGAAAGCCCUCAACUUUUAUGAUGGAUUACUUAGCCAACAAAUUCGGGAUUCUCAAGUCACAGAUAUGCAUGGUUGGGGACAGAUUGGAUACUGAUAUUCUGUUUGGACAAAAUGGUGGUUGCAAAACUCUUCUCGUUCUCUCUGGUGUGACCUCAUUGUCAAUGCUUCAAAGUCCAGGCAACUCCAUCCAACCAGAUUUCUACACCAACAAAAUUUCUGAUUUUCUUUCCCUCAAAGCUGCAGCUGUAUGAGCAUGCAAGGACAUUGUGUGCUGCGUUUAGGUCCAUCUCUUAUUUUUCCAAUUAUAAUUGCAGAUAUACAUUCCUGUAUUUUUUCCUUCAAAAUCUAGAAGAAGAGAUGUUGCAAUUUAUAGAAAUCAGCAAGAUGGAAACUUGUUUCACUUUUAUUUA